AUGGCCUCCACUACUGACACCGAAGCAGUUGCUUUUGAAGCCGGUAUCAAGGCUAUGCUAGACGCUCAUAUCAACUAUGACGAGGUCGACCAAGGCAUUGGAUGCUAUGUCUACGGCGACUCUACGGCUGCUCAGAGAGUAUUUUAUCAGUUCGGCAUGACUUCGAUCCCCAUAUAUAACGUGAAUAGCAACUGCUCCACUGGCAGCAGUGGCCUGAACAUGGCGAGACAGACGGUUGCUUACGGUGCCGCCGACUGUGUCCUUGUGCUCGGGUUCGAAAAGAUGUUCCCCGGCAGUCUGAAAGGGUUCUGGGACGACCGUGAGGCCCCAAUGGGCACAACCGCCAAGAUGUUGCAGGCGACGAAAGGAUUCACGAAUUCUCCCAUGGCCGCCCAGCUGUUCGGUAAUGCUGCAAGAGAAUAUAUCGAGAAAUACGGCGCCACGGAAGCGGACUUCGCUGAAAUCGCUCGCAUCAACCACGAACACAGUCAACGAAACCCUUACGCGCAGUUCCAGCAAGAAUAUACCUUGGAAGAAAUCCAGAAGGCACCGAUGAUCCAUGCGCCCUUGACAAAACUCCAAUGCUGCCCGACUUCCGACGGCGCCGCCGCCGUCGUCCUAGUUUCGCAGGAGUUCCUGGACCAGAGACCGCGCCUAAAGUCUCAGGCGGUUCAGAUCAUUGGUCAGAGUCUCGCGACAGACUCUCCAGACCUCUUUAGCACAUCUGCCAUUGACCUGUGUGGUUACCACAUGACCGAGAUUGCAGCUAAGGAGGCUUUCCGACAAGCUGGAAUUACACAGGAUGACGUGAGCGUGGUUGAAUUACACGAUUGCUUCAGCGCCAACGAGAUGAUGUUGAUCAAUUCCCUCGGUCUGGCGCCUGUUGGGAAAGCACACGAACUCGUUCGCGCUGGUGGAAUAACCUAUGGUGGUAAAUACGUGAUCAACCCGUCGGGUGGUUUGAUCUCGAAAGGCCAUCCUCUCGGAGCAACUGGCCUUGCCCAAUGCGCCGAGCUCGUCUGGCACCUGCGAGGCUGGGCCAACAACCGCCUCGUCAGGGACAAGGAGACGCGGUACGCGCUCCAGCAGAACCUCGGCCUCGGUGGCGCUUCGAUCGUCACCAUUUACAAGCGGGCCGAUGGGAAGAAGGCCACGCCCGUCUCGGAUUACGAAGUCGCCAGAAUCACUGGUCUCGGAUAUAACCCAGCUACGCAAGCGAAAGGUUUCACCAGCGAGGACGUUGCGCGCACAGUCUCCAAGAAGCACUUCUCCAAGUUCGCUCUGCAGGAUGUUCAGGAGAAGGUUCAGGCGAGGUUUUAA